AGAGAGAUGAUAUGAAAAGGGAGACAGAGAGAUAAAGAGAGGGAGAGAGGGGAGAGACAGGGAGGCGAGGCAGAGAGCAAGGAAAAGACACAAGGAUGAGGGAGCAGGGGCAGAAAGAGAUAAUGUAGAAGAGAUCAAAGGAGACAUGGGGUCAGUGAGUGAUGGGCUGAGAGGGAGGAGACAGGAACAGACACGGGGACUGAGAGGUUCCCCAUGGAGGAUUUGGAAUGUGGGAGGGUCGCCCUUUUCCUGUCGCCUGCCCCAGGCUGACCUCACUGCCCCUCUCUCUUGCAGCUGUUUGAGCUCUUCUCUGACUUCUUGAAGUUCUUUCCUGGCACGCACAGGCAGGUCUGCAAAAACCUGCGGGAAAUCAGUGCCUUCAUUACCCGCAGUGUGGAAGAGCACCGGGAAACCCUGGACCCCAGUGCCCCCCGGGACCUCAUAGAUGCCUACCUGCUGCGCAUGGAAAAAGAGAAAUCCAACCCACACAGUGAGUUCAGUGAGAACAACCUCAUCUUCAACACGCUCUCGCUCUUUUUCGCUGGCACUGAGACCACCAGCACCACCCUGCGCUACGGCUUCCUGCUCAUGCUCAAACACCCUCAUGUCACAGAGAGAGUCCACAAGGAGAUUGAGCAGGUGGUUGGCGCACAUCGCCCACCAGCCCUCGACGACCGGGCCAAAAUGCCGUACACGGACGCCGUCAUCCACGAGAUUCUGAGGUUCGCAGACCUCAUCCCCCUUGGUGUGCCCCACAUUGUCACCAAAGACACCCACUUCCGAGGAUACAUCAUCCCCAAGGACACCGAAGUAUUUCCCAUCCUGAACUCUGCUCUCCGUGACCCACGUUACUUUGAAACACCAGAGGCCUUCAACCCUGACCACUUCCUGGAUGCCAAUGGGGCACUGAAGAAGAAUGAAGCUUUUAUUCCCUUUUCCUUAGGGAAGCGCAUCUGUCUUGGUGAAGGCAUCGCCAGGAACGAAUUGUUCCUCUUCUUCACCACCAUCCUCCAGAACUUCUCCCUGGCCAGCCCCGUGGCACCUGAGGACAUCGACCUCACACCCCGGGAGAGUGGUCUGGGCAAAAUAGCCCCAACAUACCAGAUCCGCUUCCUGUCUCGUUGAAAGGCCCGAGGGAAAGGGGGAAAAGGAUUCCAGGGUCACUAAGUGUCCCCACCUCCAAAGACGAUGGCCCCCGACUCCCUCCACAACUGCCUUCCUCCGAGAGACCUGCUGCAAGCCCGAGCCCUUCCCCCUCCACAGCAUCUGCUGUGUGAGCUCACGUCGCUAGUCAGUGGAGGAGCAAGAUUCACACUCUGGCUCUAGAACCCAAACUCUUCAUCACUGCUCCCUCUUUUGCAUAUACACAUGUUUAAAUUCAGAUGACAUACUCAUGAAAUACCAUUAACCAUUUACAACGUGAGAUGUACUGGCAAUGUUCAUUCGUGAUGCUGUCCAACCAGCACCACGUAGUUCCAAACACUUUUAUCAUCCCCCCAACUAUGGCCAGGUCCUAGUAGGCAAUCACACCCCAUUUCCCUUUCCCUCCAGCCUCUGGAAAACACUAAUCUGCCUUCUGUUUCUAUGGACUCAUCUAUUCUGGAUGCCUGUUCUGGAUUCCUAUAAAUGGAAUCGUACAGUACAUGAA